AUGCGGGCUCCUCAACGAGGACUGUCGUACCGACGAAAGAGAUGCCAGAAUCCGUCGUCACCGCUGGUACUCCAGACACUAGGACCGAGUCCACGAUCGUCCCUCACAAAAUGCCGCCCUUCUAAUGAGAACAACGACAGCUCGAUCACUUCGAGUGAAGAGUGUCACUACCCAGCAGAAAGUCUACCAACGUUGGGUCUUGGUUUGGGCUCUGCAGAAUCGCCAUUGUUUUACUGCAAACACCAGGCACCCGUGCCACCUAAGGACAAGACGCCACGGAAACUCUGGAACGCCAUCGGCGGAGAAGACCGUCGAUUGAUAGUACUGCAGCGCAACCACUUGCCACCGUGUUAAAGAGAAAAAAGAUAAUUAUUUGAAUACGGUACUGAGUGUCUAG